AUGAACGCUAAGUGGAGUGGAACCAAGCUGACUCAGCCUUCCAUUAGCAGUGGAACCAAGCUGACUCAGCCUUCCAUUAGCAGUGGAACCAAGCUGACUGAGCCUUCCAUUAGCAGUGGAACCAAGCUGACUCAGCCUUCCAUUAGCAGUGGAACCAAGCUGACUCAGCCUUCCAUUAGCAGUGGAACCAAGCUGACUCAGCCUUCCAGUGGAACCAAGCUGACUCAGCCUUCCAUUAGCAGUGGAACCAAGCUGACUCAGCCUUCCAUUAGCAGUGGAACCAAGCUGACUGAGCCUUCCAUUAGCAGUGGAACCAAGCUGACUGAGCCUUCCAUUAGCAGUGGAACCAAGCUGACUCUGCCUUCCAGUGGAACCAAGCUGACUCUGCCUUCCAGUGGAACCAAGCUGACUCAGCCUUCCAUUAGCAGUGGAACCAAGCUGACUCAGCCUUCCAUUAGCAGUGGAACCAAGCUGACUCAGCCUUCCAUUAGCAGUGGAACCAAGCUGACUCUGCCUUCCAGUGGAACCAAGCUGACUCUGCCUUCCAGUGGAACCAAGCUGACUCAGCCUUCCAUUAGCAGUGGAACCAAGCUGACUCAGCCUUCCAGUGGAACCAAGCUGACUCAGUCUUCCAGUGGAACCAAGCUGACUCUGCCUUCCAUUAGCAGUGGAACCAAGCUGACUCAGCCUUCCAUUAGCAGUGGAACCAAGCUGACUCAGCCUUCCAUUAGCAGUGGAACCAAGCUGACUCAGUCUUCCAGUGGAACCAAGCUGACUCUGCCUUCCAGUGGAACCAAGCUGACUCAGCCUUCCAUUAGCAGUGGAACCAAGCUGACUCUGCCUUCCAUUAGCAGUGGAACCAAGCUGACUGAGCCUUCCAGUGAAACCAAGCUGACUCAGCCUUCCAUUAGCAGUGGAACCAAGCUGACUGAGCCUUCCAUUAGCAGUGGAACCAAGCUGACUCAGCCUUCCAUUAGCAGUGGAACCAAGCUGACUCAGCCUUCCAUUAGCAGUGGAACCAAGCUGACUGAGCCUUCCAGUGGAACCAAGCUGACUCAGCCUUCCAUUAGCAGUGGAACCAAGCUGACUCAGCCUUCCAUUACCAGUGGAACCAAGCUGACUCAGCCUUCCAGUGGAACCAAGCUGACUCAGCCUUCCAUUAGCAGUGGAACCAAGCUGACUCAGCCUUCCAGUGGAACCAAGCUGACUCAGCCUUCCAUUAGCAGUGGAACCAAGCUGACUCAGCCUUCCAUUAGCAGUGGAACCAAGCUGACUCAGCCUUCCAGUGGAACCAAGCUGACUCAGCCUUCCAGUGGAACCAAGCUGACUCAGCCUUCCAUUAGCAGUGGAACCAAGCUGACUCAGUCUUCCAUUAGCAGUGGAACCAAACUGACUCAGCCUUCCAGUGGAACCAAGCUGACUCUGCCUUCCAGUGGAACCAAGCUGACUCAGCCUUCCAUUAGCAGUGGAACCAAGCUGACUCUGCCUUCCAUUAGCAGUGGAACCAAGCUGACUCAGCUUUCCAUUAGCAGUGGAACCAAGCUGACUCAGCCUUCCAUUAGCAGUGGAACCAAGCUGACUCAGCCUUCCAGUGGAACCAAGCUGACUCAGCCUUCCAUUAGCAGUGGAACCAAGCUGACUCAGCCUUCCAGUGGAACCAAGCUGACUCAGCCUUCCAGUGGAACCAAGCUGACUCAGCCUUCCAUUAGCAGUGGAACCAAGCUGACUCAGCCUUCCAGUGGAACCAAGCUGACUCAGCCUUCCAUUAGCAGUGGAACCAAGCUGACUCAGCCUUCCAUUAGCAGUGGAACCAAGCUGACUCAGCCUUCCAUUAGCAGUGGAACCAAGCUGACUCUGCCUUCCAUUAGCAGUGGAACCAAGCUGACUCAGCCUUCCAUUAGCAGUGGAACCAAGCUGACUGAGCCUUCCAUUAGCAGUGGAACCAAGCUGACUCAGCCUUCCAGUGGAACCAAGCUGACUCAGCCUUCCAGUGGAACCAAGCUGACUCAGCCUUCCAGUGGAACCAAGCUGACUCAGCCUUCCAGUGGAACCAAGCUGACUCAGCCUUCCAGUGGAACCAAGCUGACUCAGCCUUCCAGUGGAACCAAGCUGACUCAGCCUUCCAUUAGCAGUGGAACCAAGCUGACUCAGCCUUCCAUUAGCAGUGGAACCAAGCUGACUCUGCCUUCCAGUGGAACCAAGCUGACUCUGCCUUCCAGUGGAACCAAGCUGACUCAGCCUUCCAUUAGCAGUGGAACCAAGCUGACUCAGCCUUCCAUUAGCAGUGGAACCAAGCUGACUCAGUCUUCCAGUGGAACCAAGCUGACUGAGCCUUCUAUUAGCAGUGGAACCAAGCUGACUGAGCCUUCCAGUGGAACCAAGCUGACUCAGCCUUCCAGUGGAACCAAGCUGACUCAGCCUUCCAUUAGCAGUGGAACCAAGCUGACUCAGCCUUCCAGUGGAAACAAGGGAAGAUAG